AUGUCGCGGUCACUAGCGCGUCGUGUCUACGCCGACGCCCUGGCCCAAUGGCCCAAGCAGGACCUGCGGCCCGACUACCAGUUCCAAGAUGUCCUGCGCAUGGUCGUCGACGAGCGCUUCCAAUCCUACAAGCCCUCGAUGGAGGCCGAGGAGCUUCUCAAGGCCCGCGCCCUGCAGUUUCUGGUGCAGGACAAGUUCCGCGACCGGUACAAGCUCAUGGGACCCAUGCUCGAGCCCAAGAGCCAGCCGACGUACUUCCAGGACCUGGUCAGGGAAAUCGAGGAGGCGCCGCGACGCACCUGGCUCGAGAGGCUGGGCAAACGACUGUCAGGCAUGAUCCGCCUCGAGUAG